UCAAAUUUAGUCUGAUAACAUUCCUCUGGAGUACCCUGGGAGAGUUUACUAUGCUAAAGGCAUGUAUAAAUGCCAGGUGUUGUUGGCAUCUGACAAAUGAGAUUUGCUGAUUGUAUAGCAAUCUAGUUUGUGAAGCUGGUGAUCAGCUGAACAGAAUCGAUUGAAGUUUCAUGUCUUUGACGACUUUGUGUAUGACUGCUCACAGUACCACAGCUAAGACUGGGCUUCACUCUUUUAAGAUACAUGAGGGCCAUGGAUUGUGGUUGGCAGUGCUUGACUCAGUGCACAGCUGGGCUUCAAAUAUGGCACUGGUGUUGAAAGUCUGGGAGUGUCUUAGCAGUGGAUUUGCAGAUCCUUAUUAGAAAGGUUUAACAUCCCUUCCUUUGAGCCUCAGAUCAUGUCAGCACAGAGCAACAUCAACCUGGGACCAUCCGCCAAUUCCUUUGCCAAACCAACGGACUUUGAUUUUCUAAAAAUAAUUGGGAAAGGGAGCUUUGGAAAAGUUCUCCUUGCUAAACGUAAGUCUGAUGGCAGGUUUUAUGCUAUUAAAGUCUUGCAGAAGAAAAUGAUCCUGAAUAGGAAAGAUCAAAAGAACAUUAUGUCUGAACGCAAUGUGCUACUGAAGAACCUCAAGCAUCCUUUUCUGGUUGGGCUCCACUACUGCUUUCAGACAACGGAGAAACUUUAUUUUGUCCUGGACUAUGUUAACGGUGGUGAGCUGUUCUUCCACUUGCAACGAGAACACACUUUUCCAGAACCAAGAGCUAGAUUUUAUGCAUCGGAGGUGGCCAGUGCCAUAGGAUACCUACAUUCACUCAACAUCGUGUACCGGGAUUUGAAGCCUGAAAAUAUUCUCUUGGAUUCUCAGGGCCAUAUUGUACUGACAGACUUUGGGCUUUGUAAAGAAGUAAUAGAACCAACAGGAACAACCUCUACUUUCUGUGGGACACCUGAGUAUCUUGCCCCAGAAGUUUUACAAAAACAACUCUAUGAUCGCACUGUUGACUGGUGGUGCUUUGGUGCGGUCCUCUUUGAGAUGUUGUUUGGACUGCCUCCCUUUUACAGUGAAGAUGUAGCUGAAAUGUACAAUAACAUUCUUCACAAGCCGCUCUACUUGCCUAUGGGAAUAUCAGCAGCUGCUCGUGAUAUUCUGAUGGGACUCCUACAAAAAGACCAGAAGAGAAGAUUAGGAGCUGAAGCAGAUUUUCUUGAUAUAAAAAAACAUGCAUUUUUUUCAUCCAUUAAUUGGGAGGAUAUCUACCACAAGAGAAUUACCCCACCAUACAAUCCCAAUGUGGCAGGCCCUGGUGACCUCCAGCAUUUUGAUCCCGAAUUCACUGAAGAAAUUGUCCCUAAUUCUGUGGGACGCAUUCCUGACUCUACUAUGAACAGCCCAACAACAACAAGUGCAUUCCUGGGAUUUUCCUAUGCUACUACAGAUGAUAAUUUAAGAUGAUAACUAAGUAUUUAGGUGAUCUGAGAAACUUAAAUGAACAUGCAAUCAAGAAGAAGAGAAUGUCACAGAUAAGAUGGCUUCAGCCCAAAACCUUCUGGAGAAAUUAAUGUUUAUUUUGAAUGAAAAAUGACUUGUUUACAGUCUUCUGAACAGUAUAAUGCAUAUGAAUAUGUGUUUUUGAAAUACUUCAUGUAGUCAAUCUCCCAUUAGAGUAUCAAUGUGCCUGUGGAACUCAAUUCUAAACAUGUCAGCACAAGAACAUUUACAUGGUAAAAAUGUCCCCAUCUCUUCUCUACCUGUUUUGCUUUAAUGUCACGCAUAUCUUUGUAACUUCCAGCCUGUAAUAUACCUUGAUGUUGAUUUUGUUUGUUUUAGUCAUUAUGAGCAAGCUGACACUUAAAUAGACUGUUUAAAUAAUUAAUAAAUUAUAGUGAUUUGAUUA